AUGGUCGUGCCAGCCAUGCCAGCUCUCACGCAAGAUUUGAACAUCGAAUCUCCCUCUGUCACCCAGCUCACGCUCUCCGUUUACGUGUUGGGUUGGGGUCUAGGGCCAUUGAUUCUCGGCCCGAUGUCCGAGUUGUAUGGUCGUGCGCCAUUACUGCAUCUCGGACAGUUGGGCUUCUUGAUUUUCAAUGCACUGUGCGGCCUGACAAUGGACAAGAAUGUGUUUCUGACUCUACGCUUUAUAAGUGGUGUGUUUGGGAGUGCCCCCAUGUCGUUAGGUGCCGGAGUCUUGAGCGACCUCUGGGUCAGUGACGAACGUGGCAUCUCGCUGGCUGUGUAUACAGUGAUGCCCCUUCUCGGGCCCACGGCCGGUCCUCUACUCGGAGGUAUUAUCAUGCAAUAUCGCACCUGGCAGGAGAUCUUCUUUCUGUGCUCGGUAUUGACGUUUGUUCUUUUAAUCCUCGGUCUUGUCAUUCUCCCCGAGACUUUCGGCCCAGUGAUCCUCUAUCGCAAGCGAAUCCAGAGGUGGAACCAGCGAGGCUACGACGCUCCAAAACACCUCCAGGAUGGUCAACUGGAUCGACUCCGAAAGCUAAUCCGAGUGGAUCUCGCACGCCCAUUCAUCCUUCUCGGCACGCAGCCCAUCAUUCAAACUCUCGCCAUAUACAUGGGUCUCCUGUUCGGUCUCAACCAUCUCACCAUCUCUACGUUCCAUGCCCUCUGGCGCAACCACUAUCACCAAUAUACGCGCAUCUCAAACGUCGAAACAAUGGUAUCGACCUCCCCGAAUAUCGAAUCUGGCUCAUGA